GAGAAAAAGAGGCCACCUAAGCCUUACCAAACUUAUUUGGACAUUCACUAUAUAAAUUAAACCUCUUUGUAACAGAACAUCUCCAAAACUUUUUUCACUUACUAGCUAGCUCCUACCAAUUUUCUCCAAAAUGGACUGGACCAGAGGCCACAAUAUAGGCCACGGCUCUACAGCUGUCGUCUCGAUCGCGAUGUCACGCUGCUCCGGUGAAAUUUUUGCUGUCAAGUCCACGGAGCUGUCUCGGUCCGAAUUCUUGCAAAAUGAGCACCAAAUUCUGUCAACAUUGAACUCCCCUUACGUAGUUGACUACAAGGGGUACGAUGUAACCAGAGAGAACAACAAGGUGAUGUUCAAUCUUAUGAUGGAGUACAUGCCCAAUGGGACACUCAUCGAUGAAAUUCGUAACCAAGGUGGUCGACUCAACGAGCAGUUGACUGGAUAUUACACGAAGCAAAUUGUUAAAGGACUAGACUACCUACAUUCGAAAGACAUAGUGCAUUGUGACAUUAAGGGACAUAACAUUUUGUUAGGUAAAACUGGUGCUAAAAUUGCAGAUUUCGGUUGUUCUAAGCAGGUUGAGCCAGCAGAGUUGGAUUCUUUCGCCGUGCCAAUUGGUGGCACACCUAUGUACAUGGCACCAGAAGUGGCUAGUGGGGUAGGCCAGGGGUUUCCAGCUGAUAUAUGGGCUUUAGGAUGCACAAUUAUAGAAAUGGUCACUGGUGGCUCACCCUGGACUAAUGUUAACAACCUUGCUUCUCUGCUUUAUCAUAUUGCAUGUUCUGGCCAAACACCAGAAACCCCAAAGUCUUUGUCUUCACAAGCAAGAGAUUUUUUAAGCAAAUGCUUGAUAAGAAAUCCAAAACAGAGAUGGUCUGCUAAACAGCUCCUUAAUCAUCCGUUUCUUGAGGAAUUAGAAUCAUAUGACAAGUCAAAUGAAGAAUUUAUCACAAUUUCACCAACAAGCAUUCUUGAUCAAGGCAUUUGGAAUUUUGUGGAGGAAUCAGAAAGCAUUGAUGAUUCAACACAAAAUAUUAGUCCAAUGGAUUUACCUCUUCAAAGGGUAAGAAAUUUGGGUUUGCAUUCAGGAAAGUCAGGUUGGAGAUGGGAUGAGAGUUGGAUCACUGUUAGAAAUUCCAAUGAUGAUGGAAAUGUAACUUGUGGGAUGACAGAUUUUAGUAGUACACAUGGAAUGGAGCUGGAAAGCUGUUUUGGUAGUGAUAUGGUUGACAUAAAUUGCAAAGAUAACAUUAUUUCUUGUAGGAUACAACAUAGAGCUGUAACUAGCAAUCUCAAUUUUGACACAUAUAUAAGAACCUCAGUAAAUAAAGUUCAUUGAUCCAGUGUAUAUAAAUGUCUCUGUGUUUCAUCUUCGUUGACAUACUUUUGCGUACUUCCUUUUUUUUUUUUCUUUUAAUUUUAUUUUAUUUGCUCGCUUUCACAUACCGAUCGAAAAACACAGGUAACAACUACUACACUAUAUCAAAUCACAUAAAACCUAAUAACUACAAUAGGUUAAAGUAUGUAAUAACCCAAAAUUUUGUACAUCAUCAGUAAAUACAAGUUAAAUUAUUUUCACGGGUUUGAGGGGGGUGCGGGAGGGUAGGGAAGGUUUGAAGAGCGAGGAGGAGA